ACGGAUGUUUCAUCACUGAGCGAAACGUGUGAGAGUGACUUACAUUGGUAAAUUUGUAAUGAAGUAUUGUUGUUUAACUGUAUGAAACCAAUUCAGCCAGAAAGAAGCAACUUAUUUUUUUCUGGAUUAAUAACCUGAAUGCCUACUUAUUGAAACGAGGAUGCUCCUCUUUUGUCCAACAUGUGGGAAUGUGCUAAUUGUUGAGGAGGGACAGAGAUGCUACAGGUUCGCCUGCAACACAUGUCCUUACGUGCACAAUAUUACAAGAAAGGUAAACGACAGAAAAUAUCCAAAGCUAAAAGAGGUUGAUGAUGUGCUUGGAGGAGCUGCAGCAUGGGAAAAUGUUGAUUCCACGGCAGAAACCUGUCCAAAGUGUGAACAUCCAAGAGCUUACUUCAUGCAGAUUCAAACUAGAUCAGCGGAUGAGCCAAUGACUACCUUCUACAAAUGUUGCAAUGCUCAGUGCGGACAUCGGUGGAGAGAUUAACAUGAGUCUGUACAGUGAAAACUAUUAUUAAAAAUGUUUCAAUGUAAAUACAACUAAUAAUGAAUGUCUAUAUUGAAUAAAAUGUUGACAAAA